CACACACACACACACACACACACGCACACACACACACACACACACACACACGCACACACACACACUCCAAAGACUCUGCUCAAGGGUCAGCGCCACAGGGUUUCGCCAGAGUAUGAGUCCCACUGACCGGUCCUGGAGGUGACGAAACGCAACGCGCGUCUUUGUAUCCCACAUCUCUCCUGCUGCUGAGGGGCAGCGCCUCGUCAGGCUGCUCCUUCAACUCACUCGCACGGCCAUCCGCGCCAUCAGCCAGGAUGAGUCCCGAGCAGGAGCACGACCUGCUGCAGGAUGCAGAGUCAUCCAUCGCCCAUCAGUCAUCGACAUCGACAUCGACAUCGACAUCGACAUCGCCCAUCGUCGCCUCCUCGCACGAUCAGCAAAUGAGCGCAACCUCUGCUCAGUACCUGAUGAAUCAGACUGCAAACCUUGUCAAUCGCCAUAGGAUUGUAUCGGUGUACGCCGAUCAAGCGUCGGGCGUCGUCAAGCCCAGCGGUAGCGGCAUGGCACGGGCCAACAAUUCCCUUCGCAGCGCUUCUGCAAGUCAUGCUCGGGAACAGGUGCAAGUCGAUGCGCAGGAUGGUCCGCUCACCAGUGCGCAGGUAGUCAGCUCGCAGCCAGCCGCAGACACAGAGGAUGCACGACAAGCUGCCGUGACGCUUGAGGAAGAGGAGGAGGGGGAGGGGAAGGAUGAUGAAAGGGUUGAUGGCGUGGAGAUGGAGGUGCCUGCAGUCAAUGACGACGUGCGGGGAGAGCAAGAAGCAGACGUGGGGGAGAGCGAGGCAGAUGGGGCACCUACUGGCGCACCGCUCUCCGAGCUGAUACAAGCCGUGGAGGAGAGCGCCGAGACGGAACGGUCUGGCGCCGAUGGUGCGACUCAAGGAGCAGAAAGGGCUCAAAAGGCACAGGAACUCGCAGCCCAACAGAUUGAGCCGGGGCAAGAAGAAGCAUGCGCCAGCGCUGAAAUCUCUGGAAUGCCAGGAGACUCCGCUCCACAAGCAGACGACGAGGCGGAGUACGACUCGGAUGAGGAGGAGCCGUGUUUGAAGUAUUCCAGGAUGAAGAAUGGCUACAGCGAGACGCUGCGGAAAGAUUCUGCAAGCUCUUUGGCCGCUUCAGAUCGCCUCGUGGUGCUCGGCACACACGCAGGCUACACCCACAUCAUGGACGAGCAAGGCAAUCGCAUCAAGACUUUUCGUUCUCACUCUGCAAGCGUUCUGGACACUCAGAUCGACGAAUCUAGCGAAUUCAUCGCCAGUGCAGGUAUGGACGGCAUCGUAUGUAUACGAUCACUCUCUUCUCCAGAGCUCUACACAUUCGAUUUCAAAAGGCCCAUGCGCACACUCGCCUUGGAACCAGACUUUGGCAAACGCAGCUCCAGAGCAGUGGUGUGCGGGGGUCUAGCAGGCAAUUUGAUCAUGAAGGAAAAGAGCUGGUUUGGCCACAAGGAUACCAUUCUGCAUUCUGGUGAAGGGCCCAUCUGGAAAGUGAGGUGGCGCGGCUCUUUGAUCGCCUGGGCUAAUGACAAGGGCGUGCGGUUGUAUGACUGCUCACUCCGUCAACGGAUAUCUUUUAUCGCGCCGCCAACGGCGAGCCCAAGAGGGGAUCUCUUUCCUUGCUCACUGUUCUGGCAGGACGCUUCUACUCUUCUCGUAGCUUGGGCCGACCAGAUCAAGAUUGCCAAGGUUCGAAGGCGUCAAGGCCAAGCCUCUUCGACAGGCAAAGCUGAAGAGAGCGUCUCUUCAGCCGCGCUCAAACAGCUGGCCUCGACAUCUAGCGGCCCUGCUACCAGCGUCGAGAUCACUGCCAUCCUGCAGCUGGAUUGUCUCAUUAGCAGCAUCGCGCCGCACGGAUCAGACUUUCUGGUGCUUGCGUAUCUGUCCGAAGAUCCGUCAGAAGAUGGAGCAGAGCUCGAGGCAAACGAGGACACGGAGUCUCGAUUACGACGUGCCCAGCGACGUAGAGCGGGCAUGAAACCAGAACUGAGGAUGAUCACGACCUCUGGCGAGGAGCUGAGCAGCGAUGUGCUGAGCCUGCAAAACGUCUCUCGAUUUGGCUGCCUCGACUACCUUCUGAUUCCAUCUGCCGACGCAAUCCUUGCGGGAGAAAACGCUAUCCAACAGAGAGGAGCUGCUUCAGAGCUUGAGGCAGAAGGCAUCUACUACUAUGUCUUGAGCCCAAAGGACGUCAUUUUGGCGCGUAAUCGAGACGAAAGGGAUGCCGUGGAGUGGCUGCUGGAAAGAAAGCGCUAUCGCGAAGCGCUGGCGCGACUAGACGACAUGAGCCGAGAUGGCGCCGCGGCAGCAGGAUUUGAUCGGAGACAGAUAGGACAUCGCUAUCUUUAUUGGCUGGUAGAUGUCAAGAACGACUACGCUACAGCUGCUCAGCUAGCUGCUUCCUUCCUUGGGGAUACGGACAAUGAAGCUGAUGUCAAGGAGUGGGAGGAUUUUGUCUUCCUGUUUGUGGAGCGCAGCAAGCUGUCGACAAUCAUUCCGCACGUGCCUCUCGAGAAGCCUCAAUUAAGCGCGCUGGUCUAUGAUGUCAUCCUGGCACACUUUCUCAGAACGGACGUGGAGAGGCUGCUUGUCACGAUCAGUGCCUGGCCUGCCCACAUCUAUACCUACACUGCAGUAGUGAUGGCUAUCGAGGAUCGGCUGAAGCGCGCAAUAGCGGGCUAUACGGAUCAAACUAAGGGCGAUCACGCUACUCUGAUGGAAUGCUUGGUGCAAUUGUUUUUGCUGCAUCGCCAACCGGCCCGCGCGUUGCCUUACUUCUUGCGAUUGCGCAAGCCUGGCGUCUUCGCCCUUAUCCGAGACAAUAAUCUUUUCACGGCAGUGCAAGACCAAGCCCUUUUGCUUGUGCAAUUUGACCAACAAUUAGUCGACGCUGAGCAGGAAUCCGAGAAGCUGCCCUCAGGUCAGGAUGCGAAGCUGCUCUCAAAGCUCCAACAUCACGCCUCGCUCAAACAGGAAGCGUCUGCCGUGGCUUCUGGCGCGCCGCCAAGCACUUCCUCCUCGCGCCACGGCGCCGCGAUCAGCCUUCUCGUCGAUCACACACACUCCAUCCCCGUAUACCGCGUCAGCACUCAGCUUCGGGCAGAACCUCGAUACCUCUACAUGUAUCUCGAUGCGCUGUUCGAUCAAGAUCCACAAAUGGUCGUAGAGUAUUCUGACGAGCUCGUCUCGCUCUACGCCGAGUAUGAUGCCGACAAACUCAUGCCCUUCCUACGGGCAAUGAGCAGCUACUACUCCUUCGAAAAGUCUUACGAUGUCUGCUCGAGGCACGAUUACGUACCCGAGAUGGUCUUUCUACUGGGUCGCGUAGGAGACAACAAGAAGGCUCUGAACCUGAUCAUUUCGCGUCUGGGGGAUGUGGAGCGAGCCAUCGAGUUUGCCAAGGAGCAGAACGACGACGAGUUGUGGGAGGAUGUGUUGGAGUACAGCGAGACUAGACCAGCUUUCAUCAGAGGCUUGUUGGAGAAUGUUGGUGCGGAGAUCGACCCCAUUCGACUUAUCAGAAGGAUCAAGAACGGGCUAGAGGUACCGGGCCUGAAACCUGCUCUGAUCAAGAUCUUGUCGGACUUUAAUCUGCAAGUGUCUCUGCUGGAGGGAUCUGCUGCAGUCCUUGAACGAGACAGGCAGGCCUUCGCGCAAGAGCUCAACGCAGGUCAGACGCAGCCGCGCUUUUUCGAGGGCACCAUGUCGGCCUGCGCUGCUUGUGGCAAGCAAUUGUUGAGGAUUCCCGAGGAACCAUCGGAACGGAGCGGCGCCUUGCCCGUCAUCCUAUUCUUGUGUCGCCACGCCUACCAUCUUCAAUGUCUCGCCGCGGAAAACCGGCUGCCACAAAGGAGAAGCUCAGCAAAGGAGCAGACCGACCUUCCUCCCAUCUCGGCGACGCAAGCCUUUUUGAAGACGUCCGUCACCAAUCUGAAUUCCACCUCUGGCAAAGCAGCGAUGAAACGGGCGGAGCGCGGCGAAGGUGGAUUGCUGGAGCAGGUGGAGAAGCGUUCGCAGGGCGUCAGAUCUUACGCUGCUAAGCUCCGCGUUGUCCUCCGAGACGGCUGCCCGAUCUGCCAGGCCGAAGCACAAAGGUACACCUUUGCAUCUUGAAUAACGGGGUCUCCUUUUUGCGUUGCGUGGAAUAGGGAUGGAAAGCAAUGUCCGUGUCGUUCCUAGUAGCAGCAUUUGCUAUCACUAUACCAUCACGAUUGGCAAUCAAUGCAGUGCCGUAUGCGCAAAGUUCCCGAG